AUGCCAGUCACAUUCGCGCCCGCUCCCGAGCACCAGCGCCGCCUGUCGGCAUCUUCCCCACCGGUCCAGCUCGUCGUCCUCGCGCCGAGGCUCGGCGCCGCGGGUCCCCGCUACAGGGGUGCCCGCCCUGUUCCCGAGGACCCGUUCGAGGAGUCUGGCGUAGCGCGCGCAGAAGGCACCACCACUCAAAGCGCAGGAGCGGAUGCCGCUGUACGCGGGGACGAGGAGGAUGCGGAGCGCCAGCCGCUGCUCGGCGACGAUGGCCCGCGGCCCGAUGUCCAAUGGGCGCUCACGCUGGGGAUCACCGUGGCCAUUGCGGCGAUCACGUUUUUGAUCCUGUUCGUGUGGAAGCUUACAGAGCCUGCACCCGAGUCGGACAACGGCGGUGCGUAG